CUCACGCGGUGGAACCGUGGAAGCCCUAUAGGAGUUUUUUUAUUAUAUUUUUUUUUUCCUGCUCGCUUUCGCUCGCUCCGCCACUUCUAUCCGCCCCACUCUCCAAAAGUUAGGGUUUCCCAAGAUAUGUAGGUUGGUUUCUGCGGGGUCCCAGGGCUAGGAUGCUCAUGUUACUGCGACGGAUCUCCAUGCGCCGCUGGUCAAGCGGCUUCGUUGAUUAGACAGUUGCGAUCGGCAGAGCUCUGUUAAGGUUGCGUUUGCGGGCGCGGAUGGAGACCGCGUGGCUGGGGCAGGACUGAGGGCCGCGGGAGUUAUCGGAUGGCAUUAGGGGAUCGGAUGGCGUCGCGGUUCUCUCAGUCAUCGGCAUCGGUGUCAAGCUAUCUUGAUGAAUUCUCCAGCAGGGAGGAUGGGGAUUCUGCUGGCCAGAGGAGGGAGUCGGAGUCGGUGGCUGCGGCUAAUUCAUCUCCGGUUGUGACCAGCAUCGCUUACUUACCGCAGACUGUUUUUCUGUGCGAGUCCAGGCACGAGGGGUUUGAGGAGUUCGUUCCGACGGGGCCGUCGGAGAGUGGAUUGGUCUCCAAAUGGAGGCCCAAGGACAGGAUGAAGACUGGUUGCGUGGCACUUGUAUUGUGUUUGAACAUUGGUGUUGAUCCUCCAGAUGUAAUUAAAAUAUCUCCUUGUGCAAGAAUGGAGUGCUGGAUAGAUCCAUUCUCUAUGACUGCUCCAAAAGCUCUAGACACAAUUGGAAAAAGUUUGCAGGUUCAAUAUGAACGAUGGCAGCUUCGGCAGGCUCGUUAUAGACUUCAACUUGAUCCUACAGUUGAGGAAGUGAAAAAGCUUUGUAGUAGUAGCCGUAAAAAUGCUAGGUCUGAGAGGGUUCUCUUCCAUUAUAAUGGUCAUGGAGUUCCUAAACCUACUACUAAUGGUGAAAUAUGGGUUUUCAAUAAGAGCUAUACACAAUAUAUUCCGUUGCCAAUAAGUGAACUUGACUCCUGGCUGAAGACCCCAUCAAUAUAUGUUUUUGAUUGCUCAGCUGCAGGCAUUAUUGUAAAUGCUUUUAUUGAGCUUCAAGAGUUGAACUCUUCUGGAGCAUCCGGUUCAUCGAAGGAUUGCAUUUUACUAGCUGCUUGUGAGGCACACGAAACUCUUCCACAAAGUGCUGAAUUCCCUGCCGAUGUGUUCACAUCAUGUCUGACUACACCGAUAAGAAUGGCGCUUCAUUGGUUUUGCUCCCGGUCAUUGCUUCAUGAUUCUAUUGACCAUUCUUUAAUUGACAAAAUUCCUGGUCGUCAAAAUGAUCGGAAAACACUUCUAGGGGAGUUAAACUGGAUUUUUACAGCUGUCACGGACACCAUUGCAUGGAAUGUUCUGCCUCAUGACCUUUUUCAAAGGUUAUUUAGACAAGAUUUACUGGUUGCUAGUUUGUUCCGAAACUUCUUACUUGCUGAAAGAAUUAUGAGAACGGCAAAUUGUACUCCGAUAUCAUAUCCUUUAUUACCAUCAACUCAUCAGCAUCACAUGUGGGAUGCAUGGGAUAUGGCAGCUGAGAUUUGCCUUUCUAAAUUGCCACAGCUGCUUGCUGACCCAUCUGCUGAAUUUCAGCCAAGUCCAUUUUUUACAGAACAGUUGACAGCUUUUGAAGUGUGGCUUGAUCAUGGAUCUGAGCAUAAAAAACCACCAGAGCAGUUGCCAAUAGUUUUGCAGGUUUUACUCAGCCAGUCUCAUCGGUUUAGAGCAUUGGUGCUUCUAGGCAGAUUUCUUGACAUGGGGCAUUGGGCUGUGGAUCAGGCCUUAUCUGUUGGAAUAUUUCCUUACGUGCUCAAGCUGCUUCAAACAACAGCAACGGAACUGCGACAAAUUCUUGUGUUUAUUUGGACAAAAAUUCUUGCUCUUGACAAGUCUUGUCAGGUUGAUCUUGUGAAAGAUGGAGGCCAUACCUAUUUUAUUAAAUUUCUUGAUAGCAUGGAUGCUUUCCCGGAGCAGCGAGCAAUGGCUGCCUUUGUUUUAGCAGUUAUUGUUGAUGGACACAAGCGGGGACAAGAAGCAUGCAUCCAAGCAAAUCUCAUAAAUGUAUGCUUGAAGCAUCUGCAGCUGGCAAUCCCCAAUGAAGCACAGACCGAGCCUCUCCUCCUUCAAUGGUUAUGCCUUUGUCUGGGAAAAUUUUGGGAGGAUUUUCAUGAAGCACAACUCAUUGGUUUACAAUCAGAUGCACCGGUUAUUUUCUCUCCAUUGUUAUCAGAGCCACAACCGGAGGUUAGAGCUGCUGCCAUUUUUGCUCUUGGCACCCUUAUAGAAGUUGGAUCUAAUUCAUUCAGAGAUGGAAAUGGAGGUGAUGAGGAUUGUGAUGUGGAUGACAAGGCUAAAGCUGAGCUGAGUAUUGUCAAGAGUCUUAUGCAAGCUCUUGGAGAUGGAAGCCCUUUGGUUCGGUCUGAGGUUGCUGUUGCUCUUGCUCGCUUUGGUUUUGGCCACAACAAGCACCUGAAGUCAAUUGCUGCUGCAUAUUGGAAGCCACACAGCUCCGUGCUGAGUUCUUUGCCAUCGCUUGCAAAUAUUAACAGUUCUGGUGGUGGCUGUACAAACACAAACCCAUAUAUGCAGCAGGGAGGUUCACUUUCUUCACAAAAUGUCCCUGUGCUGAGAGUUGGAAGUGACAGCAUGUCUAGUCCUCGAGAUGGAAGGAUCUCAACAAGCAGUCCCAUAGCUUCCACCGGGAUUAUGCAUGGUUCUCCUGUGUCAGAUGAUUCAUCUCAGCAUUCAGAUUCUGGCAUUUUACUGAAAGAAAGUACGACUAAUGGAAUUGUUAAUCAUUUCAGAUCAAGACCUCUAGAUAGUGCAGUUUACUCCCAAUGUGUUGUGGCUAUGUCUGCUUUAGCAAAAGAUCCAUCCCCACGAGUUGCUUCUCUUGGAAGAAGAGCGCUUGCCAUUAUUGGCAUUGAGCAUGUGGUUUCAAAAGGAGCAAAAUAUAAUGGCGGAGCUGUUCACCAAGGAGAUUUAUCAGGUCAAUCUACAUCUCCUACCUUUGGUUUGGCUCGCUCAUCUUCCUGGUUUGACAUGCAUACUGGUCAUUUACCGAUGACAUUUAGAACUCCCCCUGUUAGCCCUCCUAGGCAAAAUUACCUUACUGGAUUGAGGCGAGUAUACUCUUUAGAAUUUAGGCCACACCAACUGGGUUCUCAAGACACAGGGCUAGCUGAUCCACUGUUAGGUUCUACAGGAUCUUCUGGGACUUCUGAACGUAGUUUACUUCCUCAAUCUUCUAUUUAUAACUGGAGUUGUGGACAUUUUUCACGGCCUCUUCUUACUGCUUCUGAUGACAAUGCUGAUGUCAUGGCUAGACGAGAGCAAAGGGAGAAAAUUGCACUGGAUGGCAUAGCUAAAUGCCAGCAUUCGUCUGUAACUAAACUUAACAAUCAAAUUGCUAGCUGGGAUACCAGGUUUGAGACUGGCACAAAAGCCACUCUAUUGUUGCCAUUUUCUCCUAUAGUUGUUGCUGCAGACGAGAAUGAGAGGAUUAGGGUGUGGAACUAUGAAGAAGCAACACCAUUAAACAGUUUCGACAACCAUAAUUCAUCAGACAGAGGAGUUUCAAAGCUAUGUCUUGUGAAUGAACUUGAUGAUAGCCUGCUUCUGGUUGCUUCAAGUGAAGGUAAUAUUCGGAUAUGGAGAGAUUACACUCUAAAAGGCAAACAGAAGCUUGUGACAGCAUUUUCAUCUAUUCAAAGUCAUAGAUCAGGUGUUCGGGCUUCAAAUGCUGUGGUUGAUUGGCAGCAGCAAUCUGGUUAUUUGUAUGCUUCUAGUGAGAUAUCCUCCAUCUUGCUUUGGGAUCUUGAUAAGGAGCAAAAUAUUAGUUCCAUUUCGUCUUCAUCAGAUAGCAGCAUAUCUGUACUGUCUGCGUCCCAGGUUCAUGGAGGUCAGGUUGCGGCAGGUUUUGUUGAUGGUUCAGUUAGAAUAUUUGAUGUUAGAACUCCCGACAUGCCUGUUUGUGCAACAAAACUGCAUACUCAAAGAGUGGAGAAAGUUGUUGGGAUUGGAUUUCAACCGGGGCUUGAUCCAACUAAGAUUGUCAGUGCGUCUCAAGCUGGGGAUAUUCAGUUUUUCGACAUUCGAAACCACUCUGAAGCAUAUCUCACAAUUGAUGCCCAUAGGGGUUCUUUGACAGCUUUGGCUAUUCACCACCAUGCCCCAGUUAUUGCCAGUGGAUCUGCAAAGCAGAUCGUUAAGGUCUUCAGCCUAGAUGGAGAUCAACUGAGUAUCAUCAGAUAUUAUCCUACUCUCAUGGGUCAAAGAAUUGGUUCUGUAAGUUGCCUCAAUUUCCACCCAUACAGGGUCCUUCUAGCUGCUGGUGCGGCUGAUGCUUGUGUAUCCAUCCAUGCUGAUGACAACUAUCAAGCAAGAUUGCACAGGAAUUGAAACAUCAAGCCGCAGCCACUCUACGGUUUAUCAUUUCUCAGAUGCGCGUGCGUUUGAAAUGUCAAUCUUAACAAUAUUCAUUAGCCUCCGCUACAGAAAGUAGCAUGUCGUCCAAGUGUUUCUGGCAUCCAACAUUACAUUCGGAGGCUCUCAAAAAAUAAAGAUAUCUAGGUAAUAGCUUGUACAUAAUCUUUUGCUGUAUUUUCUAAUUUCUUUUUUCCUCUUUGUUCAAUUUGUAAGUGUUAUUCUCUUAUUAUAAACUAUGAUGGCCUCUAUGGGAGUUUGCACUUGAUUCAGAUGUUCAAAAUAAUAUUUUUUUCCUGAACCAAUGUAUGAUUAUUAAUUAUAGUAAAAAAAUCACCCAGAAGAUCUGAAAUUGGAGUUC